CCGGAGCCCGGAGCCUCCCCCUGGCCGCGAGGAACCCGGUCCCAGGCGGGAGGUGUGCUGGGGGCGGGGCGCCCGAGACCCGGAAGCGGGGACGAACACAGGGGAGCCCGAGAGAUGGCGGCGGUGGCCGUGAGCAGCGCCAAGCGGAGCCUGCGGGCCGAGCUCAAGCAGCGUCUGCGCGCGAUGAGCGCCGAGGAGCGGCUGCGCCAGUCCCACCUCUUGGCCCAGAAGGUGAUGGCCCACAGUCGGUAUCAAAAGUCCAAAAGGAUUUCCAUCUUCCUGAGCAUGCAAGACGAAGUCGAGACAGAGGAGAUCAUCAAGGACAUUUUCCGACGAGGCAAAACCUGCUUCAUCCCAAGGUACCAGUUCCAGAGCAAUCACAUGGAUAUGGUGAAGCUGGCAUCGCCCGAGGAAGUCUCCUCGCUUCCCAAAACAUCCUGGAACAUUCAUCAGCCCGAAGAGGACGAGGUUCGGGAGGAAGCUUUGUCGACAGGAGGACUCGAUCUCAUCUUCAUGCCGGGUCUCGGGUUCGACAAGCAGGGAAACCGCUUGGGGAGAGGCAGGGGCUACUAUGACACGUACCUGAAACGCUGUCUGCAGCAGCAGGACGUGCGGCCCUACACCAUGGCCUUGGCCUUCCGAGAACAGAUCUGCCUGCAGGUCCCCGUGGACGAGAACGACAUGAAGGUGGAUGAAGUCCUUUAUGAAGAGCCGUCCAUGUGAACCCUGACGCCUGUGGCCAAAGGCUUCGUCCCAGAGAAAAGCAGAAUGUGUCCAUUCCCCCCUCAGGACAUCCAUGUGCAUGCGGACUGCCUGCUUUCUAGUGUAAUUGCAGAACACCUGACAUUCAGCCACCUUCCCAAAUCAGGAGUAGAACGUGAAUAAAAAUGGAGGCAAUGGCCAUAUGAUUUUCA